CAACAGAGAGCAAGAGAGAGGAAGGGGUAGAGGAUCAUAUUGGCACACUUAACUUCAUCCACAGCUGUUAACAACUCCAGUCUAAUUCGUGCUUUCCCACUGUACAGUGAAGAUGCCGUUGGGAGAAAUCGGGAUAAGCAAGACUCUGUCUUCAAAAACAGGCGUCCUGUUUUUUCUAAUAUUGCAAAUGAGUCUGCUCUCUAAAGUGACUUCAGAGGAUACUACAACAUCUGCUACAACCGAAACAUCACCAACUGCAACAGCAGAAACUGUAAGCCAGAGUGUGACAACUCAAUCUACGAAUCCACAGAGCUCGAGCUCCUCCACUUCUACAGACCAGAUGUCAACUAUACCCACAUCCACAUCCACCUCUUACACAACAGCCACUACACACAAUAACACACAUAGCACUUCCUUUGUCAGUACUACUGUUUCCACAAUGAGCAUCACUAGCAUGAACACAGUUUCACAGAAUGCAUCAUCAGUAACAGGAAAUUACUCUGCGAUAUCCUGUCCAGACUUUUGGUGCAUGGCAGAUAACUGUUACGCCCAGUACAUGAAUGCGACGGCGUAUCCCUGCCUAUCCGGCUCUAAUACCUGUCAGAUAAUGAAACAGAACACAAGUUACUAUGUCAGCUGCAGUGCCUCAUGUGUGUCCUGUGGGAACAUGACUCAAAGUAAUUGCUCUUGGAAAUGUUGCAGCACAGCCAACUGCCUCAACGAAUCUCUGCUUCUCUUGACCAAUUCAUUUAGCACGACAGUAGCUGCAACAACAUCCACUACCACUACAACAACCACAAAGCCAACGGUUCCAUCAACCCCAGCAAAUAAUGGCAAGAAGUGUCAUAGUAUCAAGUGUGAUGGGACAACAUGCUACAAAUCCAUCAAUACCAUCAUGAUGUGUCCAGUUGGUCAGGAUUACUGCAUGCUAAAAAAGACGACAACUGGCAGUGCAGAGAGCUGGCAGGCAGGUUGCAGUGACGAUUGCAGAAAGAUGCCAGUUUGUUCAACCUCUGUUACUACCUGCCACUUGGAGUGCUGCAACGCCACUGCGGCUGCCUCAUGCCUCAAACUGACUGGUGAAGUGAACAUGCCCAGCUCCGCCACCAGGGGUCCUCACUGUCCCGCGCUGCUGAUGGCCUCUUUACUGCUCUUCUGGAUAGUGAGAGUCUUCACUUGAGUGCAACAGUCACAUUUACAGGCAAUCCAGGAAAAUGCAGUUUUCUUAAUAGGAGAGUGUAUGUGUGUUCUAAAGCUGUUUGUACUUCUUUUACUGUCAAAAAAGCAAAUGAAGGUGUGUGUGUCUCUACAAUAUCAGUGUGAGAAGCAGAAUGUGCGCAUGUGUAUAUACGUAUGUGUAUAGAUGCCAAAUAAGCUUUACUGUGGGCAUCCGUAGAGAGUUCUGUCAAGUGGGAGCGUGCCUGUUGUUGGACUCUUCAUUUCACAGAAAUUAUCCACCAAGGAAUAUAUUAACACUGAAGCUACAGAUAUGAGGUUUGCUUCCUCUUACGUACAGAUUGCUACUGAGUUUGUGUAUCUAUGAUUAAUUCUUGCUCUUUUUUGGCAUUAAUGUGAGAAUGUCCUGACAGAAAAUGACCUUUUCCGUUAAGUUUGAGGACAUUUCCUUCAACACUAAAGCACAAGGCAAUGCGUAAUUUCAAAACAAUGGUGAAAAAUCAAAACAGAAAUUUCCCUUAUUAACACAAUACAUUGGGCCCUAUUUUUACAAACUUCUCUCAGAGUGUGUUUAUGUAUAAAUUCUGACUGCAGUCAAUCAUGUACUUUACUGAAGCUUCUUUUUCUUGCUAGUAUUUUGUUUGGUGUCCGUUUUUAUUUAUAUUUAUCGUGACAACAACCAAAUUUCUAUACCAUAUUACUCAAAAAUACUCCAAAGAAUAUCCUUAGAAUGCUCAGAUAAUCCAAUUUCUUAUAUUAAUUAUAUAAAAUAACAAACUGAUUGUUCAACUAGGCAAAUUUCACCCUAAAAUACAUGCAAAAUAAUAGUUAUGUAUGAACCAUUUAAAAUGAAAUAUGCACUUUAUGCAUCUAAACGUAAAUUAGACAAUGUAAGAUAUUUAUAAUGCAUUUAUAAUAUCGGACGUAUGAAGCCUGUGGGUAAAACCCAUACUCAUAAACAUAAAGCUUUAUUUUUACAGAGAAAUGUGUUUAAAUGUAAGUGUACAGAUCUAAACACAUAGUCUAUGCUUAUUUUAUUAAAUGACAUUUGAUUUCAUAACUUUGAAGGAUAACAUUACUGUAUUGAUAAUCUAAUAAAGGUCAUGAUAAAGAUUUUGACAGCUCUGUUGAUUAGGGUUGCAGUGAUUAAUGAUGAUAUGAUAACUAGCUUCACCUUUACGCAAACAAUAGAUCUUAAUAAACUGCUUUUGAAAUUAAUGAAUAAACAAUUUUCUUCUCAGCA